AUGAACUACGUGGGGCAGCUUGCUGAGACUGUCUUCGUCACUGUGAAGGAGCUGUACCGGGGGCUGAACCCUGCCACCCUGACGGGCUGCAUCGAUGUGAUCGUGGUGAGGCAGCCUGAUAACUCCUUCCAGUGCUCCCCUUUCCAUGUGCGCUUCGGGAAGCUGGGUGUGCUGCACUCCAAGGAGAAGGUGGUUGACAUCGAAAUCAAUGGGGAGCCUGUGGACCUGCACAUGAAGCUGGGUGACAAUGGCGAGGCCUUCUUUGUCCAGGAGUCUGAGGAGAAUGAGAGGAGCAACCCAUCCUGCCUCUGCACGUCUCCCAUCCCCAUGGAGGAGAGCCCAGAGAGUGCCACUCAACCCUCUCAUGGCCAGGAGGCCCCGAGCGCUGAGGUGGCCCUGCGCAGGAGGAGGCGAUACAGGAGGAAGCCCAAGAGGAAGGAGGUGACGGGCCCCGCUCCGGGAGGCUGCGAGGAUGCCAGGGGCGAGGUGUCUGUGGAGGAGCUGCUCAAGCUGCCAGCCCCCGAUGAUUCAGUGUAUUUUUCCUUCACUGAUCUCCCCGAAGAAGAAACCGGGUCACUGCAGGCGCAGGAGGUCCACCCUUACUCUGAUGGGGAGCUAGCCUCCAUGGACAGCCCAGCCCCGAGCCAUCUGUCUUCUCCCAGAAGUGACUCCGAGCUGGAGAUUGGGCCACAGGAGAGUUUUGCCCUAGGGGCUGAAUCCCAUAUGCAGUGGGCCUGGGGACGGCUCCCUCGGGUGAAUAAAUCAGAAUGGGUUGAACCAGCCAAGUCCACAAAGACUGCAACAACCACUGUCUCUGUGACACCAGUGCCAGUGGAUGAGAGAACCCAUUUUCUUGCUAUCUCUGAAGGUCUGGGAGGAGGUUCAUGCCCAGCAGGACCUCAGGACCCACCUUGUUCCUCUGCAGUGCUGGCUGAUGAGCCAACACUCAUGCCUAAGGAAGGCAUCGGCCCUCCUGGACUGAUGGAUAACCCCAGUGCCAUGGGGGCAGAGAGCUCAUCAGGUGCCACCUCUGCCCCACAAGAGGAGCAGAAGGGAGGUGAGAGGGUUGUGCUGAGAGCUCAGCCAGAUGUGGAGUCCUCUGAGGGAGCUGCUGUCCUGAGCCAGGUGGGCUUGGAGAGCUGUGAGCCCCAGCAGAGACAAGGAUCCAUCAAAAGAAGCCCUCACGUGGGUCCCAGUGAUCUUUACCUUGAAGACCUCUCUAACCUGGAUGAGGAGCAGGUGGCUCUCUAUUUCCCCAGGAGUGAGGUGGAGCAACCUUCAAAGCCUGUUGCAGACCCCAGCAUCCCUUUCUGUGUCCAGCUGCCGUCAGAUGUACCUGCUGAAAGCCCCAUGGAAUCUGGCUCUGAUGUGAUGCCUGCAAUUGCCCUGUCACUGUGUGGAGGCCUUGGGGGCAGCAGGCAGAUUUCUCGUGAGAAGUUCAUGGAGCACAUCAUCUCCUACCAGGAGUUUGCUGAGAAUCCAGGGCUCCUCGAUGACCCCAACCUGGUGAUCCUGAUCAACAAGAAGUAUUACAACUGGGCAGUGGCUGCUCCCAUGGUCUUGUCCCUGCAGGCUUUCCAGAGGAACAUUCCUGAGCACACCAUUGACCGACUGGUGAAGGAGAAGAUGCCUAAGAGAGGCAGCAGGUGGUGGUUCUCCUGGAGGAGGCGAGAGUUCCCAGCAGAGGAGCAGCAGUCAAGGCCAGGGAAGGCUAAUGUGGGGACACUGCAGCCCAAGUCUGCUCAGCAGAGGCAGGAGGAGGAGGGGUCCUCCAGUGACGAGGAGCCCCUGCACCCAGGGGAUGCACUAGCAACAGCUACCUCUGCACAGAAAUCUCUGCCAACCUACAAGAAAUCCCUGAGGCUGUCAUCGGAACAAAUUGGGAGGCUGAACCUGCAGGACGGCCCCAAUGAGGUGGCGUUCAGUGUGACAACUCAGUACCAGGGCACGUGCCGCUGUGAGGCCACUAUCUACCUGUGGAACUGGGAUGACAAGGUGGUGAUCUCUGACAUCGAUGGCACCAUCACCAAGUCGGAUGCUCUUGGCCACAUCCUACCGCAUCUGGGGAAAGACUGGACUCAUCAGGGGAUAGCCAAGCUCUUCCACAAAAUCCACCUGAAUGGCUACAAGUUCCUCUACUGCUCAGCCAGGGCCAUCGGCAUGGCGCACAUCACCAAAGGCUACCUCAAAUGGGUCAACGAGCAGGGCUGUGCCCUCCCCAAAGGCCCCAUCCUGCUUGCCCCCAGCAGCCUCUUCUCUGCUUUCCACAGGGAGGUGAUUGAGAAGAAGCCAGAGGUGUUCAAGAUUGCCUGCCUGACAGACAUCCAAAACCUGUUUGCCACGAAGCUGCCCUUCUACGCGGCCUUUGGGAACAGAGCCACUGAUGUCUAUGCGUACAGGCAAGUGGGCCUGCCCGAGAGCCGCAUAUUUGUGGUCAACCCGAAGGGAGAGCUGGUCCAGGGGCUCGUGCGGAACCACAAGUCAACGUACGAGCGGCUGUCAGAGGUGGUGGAGCUGAUCUUCCCCCCCCUGGGGCAGAGGGGGAGCAUCGCUCUGGCGUGCCCCGAGUACAGCCACUUCGCCUACUGGAGGCCUCCCCUGCCUGCUGUGGACUCGGAGGCCUUCUCCUGACCCUCUCACCUGUGAUUCCCAGGCCAGGACUGAGUGUUACAGAUGUCUCCUUGUUUGCUGCGAAGGACUCUUGUAAUAUCAGGUUUUGGACUCCUAUUAUCAGGUCAUGUCGUGCAUGUGCACAAGGACCAUCCCUUCUCAAGGUGCAGAAGGGGUGGGACAAAGGGAGCUUUGACCACCAGAAACUCCAUUUACUAAACUGAACUUCCUAUAAAGAUAAUGAACAUUAAGACACAGGUUUUAAAACCUGGCUCU